UCAAUGAAGGUAUUCGGGUUUUCAUAUCAACAAAAAUUGCUGAACACGUCAGACGGAGUACACACAAAAAUAAUUUCGAUAUAGUACAAAUUGAAGAUAAAGCACCAAAAUCAAAAAAAUGGAUGAAGUGGAGAUUGCCAGUGUGGGCCAGUUCCAGACACUGGUGCGCUACAAUAAUCCGGUGCUUGUUGUAAAGCAUCCGGAUAAGAAGGGCGCACCGCUGACGGAGCUGGAAAUGAAACGUCCUCAAACCGCUGGCGCUCUAUUAGAUACCAAAAAGGAAACAGAGGAGAUAUUGAACUCAAUACUGCCACCACGUUGCUGGGAAGAGGAUGGUCAGUUGUGGCAGCAAUCUGUGUCGAGCACUCCGGCCACUCGGCAGGAUGUCAUCAAUUUGCAGGAAAUGCUGGACACUCGCUUGCAACAGACACAAGCCCGUGAAACUGGCAUCUGUCCUGUACGCCGUGAACUCUAUUCCCAGUGCUUUGAUGAGAUUAUACGCCAGGUGACCAUAAAUUGUUCGGAGCGCGGUUUGCUGCUUCUGCGCAUCCGCGACGAGAUUGCCAUGUCUAUGGAGGCUUACGAGACUCUGUACUGCAGCUCCGUGGCAUUUGGCAUGCGCAAGGCUUUGCAGGCACACGAGGAGAAGGAAAUGCUGCGUGAUCGUGUCAAGACUCUGGAACAGGAUAAGGAGGCACUUGAGGAAAUCAUUGCCGACAUGAAAAUGAAGCAGGAACAAGCCGAACGACGCAAUGCUGAACUACGCGCCUCCGAGGAGAAGAAGUUCACCGAAGAGAUUACCUUCCUGAAGAAGACCAAUGCACAGCUCAAGGCACAGCUCGAGGGAAUUACAGCCCCAAAGAAAUAGAUAGAACCCGUUACAUGUGUGUGUAUGUGUGUGUUUUGUAUUUGUCGCGUUUAAUGAUUUGUUAGAACUUAUUGCAAUUAAAUUUACUGAAUAGCUAAGAUUCA